GACCGUCUCCUCUGCUCCUCCCUCGCUCGCUCUCUCUCUCUCUCUACAGAUUCCCUUCCCUCAAUCGGGAAACCCACCCACCAAUCUCUGGUCGAAACCCUACAUAUCCGCUUCGGCUUCUCUCGAUCGAUCAGGGACGCCGCAAUCGCGCGGGGCGCAGCCCUUUGCCCUAAUCUCCGCCGCCCGUUUCGAUCGCACCGCCCCUCGCCCUUCCUCGUCCGCCGCCGCUGAUUGGUUACCGGGGCCCCGAUUUCUCUCCGGGGAAAUGGCGGCGAUCAGCAAGGUGGCCAAGUAUAAGACGACGGUGAAAGAGCCCGGGAUUCCGGGCGUGCUUAAUAUGAUGGAGGAUGUAUUUACUUUUACUCCUCAUGAUCCUAGAUCAGCGAUGAAACUUAGAGUGGACUUUAGAAACAUUAAAGGUCAUAAAUUCAGUAAAGAUGGUUCAAAGCAAGCAUUAUUAAAUCUUACACAAGAUUCUGAAAAGGGGGGAGGUUACAUUUUUGAGUUUAAUAAUUUUACUGAACGUAAUGAUUGUCGAGAUUUUGUAGGGAAAGUUCUAGGGAAGUUCCAGGCUUUGGUGUCCAAGCAAAAUGAUGAACCGGCCUCUGAGAAAUCUGCUGUAUCACUUGAACAACUUAGCACUAUAGAGAUGGAACGCAGAAUGAAGUUGUUGCGGGAAGAUAGUGAAUUGCAAAAACUGCACAAGGAGCUCGUCAUUGGCAAUGUGCUGACGGAAUCUGAGUUUUGGGCUACAAGAAAGAAUCUACUAGACUAUGAUUCUGAUAGAACAUUAAAGCAACGGACAGGGUUUAAAAGUGCUAUGCUUGCAGAUAUAAGGCCAUCAACUGAUGGUCGGACCAAUAAGGUCACGUUUAGCCUUACGCCGGAGAUUAUUCACCAGAUUUUCGCUGAAAAACCUGCUGUUCAUCGGGCAUUUUUGAAUUUUGUUCCAAGCAAGAUGACAGAAAAGGAUUUCUGGACAAAAUACUGUAGAGCUGAAUAUCUCCACAGGACAAAAAAUUCUGUAGCCGCUGCAGCAGAGGCAGCUGAAGAUGAAGAACUUGCUGUCUUUCUGAAGCAUGAUGACAUAUUGGCUGAUGAAGCUCGGCGUAAGAUCAGACGGGUUGAUCCAACCUUGGACAUGGAAGCUGAUUUAGGUGAUGACUACAUCCAUCUUCCUGAUCAUGGAAUUCUUCGUGAUGGUAGCAAAGAGACUGCAGAUUCGGAGAAUGAUUUAGCUCGGAGGACUCUUGCACAAGAUGUUAAUCGUCAUGCGGCUGUUGUUCUUGAAGGGAGGGCACUAGAUAUUGAAUUGGGAGAUACGCGAGCUGUAGCUGAAGCGCUUGCUAGGUCCAAACAAGAGUCAUCUGCUGAUACUUUAGAUGAGAAUUCUAAACUAGAACGACAAGAAAGAGUUUCACGUAUGACCGAGAUUGAAGAUCUUCAGGCUCCUCAUAGCCUUCCAUAUGCACCACUUUGCAUCAAGGAUCCACGGGAGUAUUUUGAUUCUCAACAAGUCAAUGCGCUUAAAGCUUUAGGCGGCACUGGUGCUGGUUCCAAAACAAUCGAUUACAGCCUAAAUUCUGAGGAGGCUUAUACUUAUCUAAUGCAUCAGAUCUCUGAGGUGAAAGCUCAAGGGUUGCAUAAUCCAAUUGUUCAAUCUGAAGUUGCUUGUAAGGUUCUGAGUGGGCUUACGCAACAGAUUUCAAGCACCAGAUAUCAUCUUGGGAAGAAUCCUCAGGAGAGCGUUCUUGAUAGAUUACCUAAAAGGACCAAAGAUGAAAUUAUGCUUCAUUGGACAUCAAUUCAGGAGUUACUUCGUCAUUUUUGGUCAUCAUAUCCAAUUACAACUAGUUACCUAUAUAAUAAGGUCCUCAGGUUGAAGAGUGCUAUGACAGAUAUCUAUCAGAAGCUCAAGGCUAUUAAGGAUGUGCAAUCAGAUUUCCGGCAUCAGAUCUCUCUCCUUGUUCAGCCCAUGCUACAGGAAUCUCUCUGCAAUGAUAGCCUGACGUGGUGCCAUGGUAGAAGUAUGGCAUACCUUUAGCUUUUAUAAGUGACGUGUCCUGAUCUUUUCUCUAUUUGUAUCAGUCAUUUAUCUCUUAUAUUUGUCUGGAAUAACUUCCAAAGAAAAGCCUUGUCUGAUAGAUUAAUUAUUUUGACAAUCAUAUGCAUCAUUGCACAGUUGUGGCAGAUUGUCUGAUAGUUUAAUAUCAACUGCAAAGUCUAGGUCAUUUGGUCAAUGAAAUUAAUCUCAUUAUCUCAGGCACUAAUAGAAGUUUUAUUUCAUAAUUCAAAACACGUUCUGGGAAUAUGUUAAGCUGAUCUAGGAUGAAAUUUGAGGCACUUGGAACUAUGAUAGUGUAGUUAUUUAGGUGAACAAACAUGUGAAUGAUGAUAAAGUCACCAUAGUUUAGUCCUUAAGCAGUUUGAUUUUUGUACAUAUUGAUGUCAAAAUCUUGUGUUAUGAGCAAUUUUGUCUGCGAUGUAAGCUAGUGGUAUGAUAGCUCUCUUUAAUAUCAAAUUCUCAUUUAACUGCCAUCCAAUAUGGUUUUCUGCAUUUUGGUUAGAAACUGAAGCCUACUGUUCUC